AUGUCAGAGUGUACGUUCAAAUUUCUCCUCACGACCGACAACCACCUCGGCUUCGCUGAGCGCGACCCCAGGCGAGGUGAUGAUAGCUUCACCACCUUCGAGGAGGUGCUGCGUGCCGCGCGUACGGAGCACGAUGUGGACGCGAUGCUCCUUGGUGGUGACCUCUUCCACGAAAACAAGCCUAGCCUCGGCUGUCUCGUCCGUGCUUGCUCCCUCUUUCGCAAGUACGUCUUUGGUAACAAGACCGUACCCUUUUCGCUGCUCAGCGACGCGGCGACAAACUUUCCAACGCACGCGCUGCCCAUGGCCAACUUCCAAGACCCCAACAUCAACGUUGCGUUGCCUGUGUUUGCCAUUCACGGCAACCACGAUGACCCCGUCGGCGGCACCUCGUCUCUCGACCUGCUCGCAACCAACGGCUACCUCAACUACUUUGGCCACGUCACCUCCCUCGAUGACAUCAUCCUCGAGCCGGUGCUGCUGCGCAAGGGAAGCACUUUCAUCGCUCUCUACGGCCUCGGCAACGUACGCGACGAGCGACUGCAUCGCUGCUUCCGGCUGAAGAAGGUUCAGCUUGUCUAUCCGAAGCCGGUGCCUGGGCGCAAGUGGUUCAACAUCCUUGUACUUCAUCAGAACCGCGGUGUGCGUGGUCUCGCAAGCAAAGGCGGUAUCAUGGAGGGAAUGCUCGCCGGCUUCGGCAUAGACCUCGUGAUCUGGGGCAACGAGCACGAGCAGCUCAUGGUGCCGCAGCCGUCGGACGGCUUUGAUGUGGUGCAGCCAGGCAGUACCAUUAUGACAUCUCUCUCCGCGCAGGAGUGUAACCCAAAGGAGUACGGUAUCCUCGAAGUGCGCGGCACGUCGUACCGGCUCACCCCGUAUACACUGCGCAGCGUGCGCCCAGUUGUGCGGCGCACGGUAGAGCUGCGGCACGAUCUGCCAGACGGCCGAACGCUGGACGCGGUGGAGACCUUCUUACACAGCGUGAUGAGCGACAUGAUCAGCGAAGCCGAAGAGCAUGUGAGCCGCAUCCCCGACGACGUCCUCACGUUUCACCCCAAUCUCAAGUAUCCGCUAAUUCGCUUGGCCGUGGACUUCACCGAUGUUACUUCCGCACCAUACCCGCAGCCCAACUUCAAUCGCUUUGGCCAGCAGUACAUGGACGUCGUCGCGAACCCAGGCGAGCUGUUGCGGCCGGUUAAACCGAAGCUGGAGCGACGACCUGGUGGCGGUGCUCUGGGCACGGUCCUCGGACCUGGAGGCGCUUUGGCGAGCGGCCUCAUCGUGCCGGCCGCGCCACAGCUCAACACGCUCGACAUCCGAGUGAAAGUCGCCGAUGUCUUCAACCACAACACGAAGAACGCCUGCACACUCCUAUCUGAGGCGGAGCUGAGCGCCGCCGUCUACGCCUUUGCCGAAAAAGGCGAGCGGGAUGCGAUUGAUGAGCGGCUGAUGGAGCUGCUGCAUACCUCGCAGAAGUCGGUGUGGCGUCGUCUGGAGAAUGGCGCGAAUGACUCUAUCUUAAAGCCAGACCGCGUUGUGGAGGAGAUUGUUACGCACAAGCGGCACGUCAACGAGCGCUACGCGCGGGCUGCUCAGCUGGAGGACGCACAACAGCAGAAGGAACAGAGGGACGAUGCUGAGGAAAAUGAGGACAAUGGGGUUGCUAGCGAACGACAAAGCCGAGGCGGCGCUGCCUCGCGAUCGCUGCAUCAAGCGGAGCGCGAAUGUGAGCUCGACUCCUUUGCGGUAAUGCGCGCCGCUGCUCCUCGCGUAGGUCUCGCCGCCAGCGAUAUCGGGGACGGCAAUGAAAGCCAUUUCAGCGGCCGUUUCGCGCAAACGUCUGUCUCGCGACUCGUGGAGCGAGCCAUCCAACAAGGAAGCGAGAAUGGCGCGGGCGCAGCGGCCGGCGUACCACGCCAGCGAGCUCCACGGUGCGGCGGUGCCGUUGUCGAGGUCGACGCCGAUGGGGGUGGUGCGGAUGAUGAUGGCGAGGAGCUUCCAGAUGACGGGCUCGGCCGAAUGCCGAUUGACAGCGUGAUUGCGCAGGCAAUACAGCAAGUGUGCCCGCCAUCGAAGCGAGCGCGGAGUGCUCACGCACCCAACGUGAAGCCCGUUGUGGCAGGUGACAAUGGUUCGAGGCAUGGCGUCGGUGGUGACGGUCAUGAUGGCAACACCGUGCAUGUCGUCGACGGGGACAACUGGGACGAUGACAAUUCUGGCAGGGGGUAUGGUACCUCUAGGCAUGGUUGCAGUCACAUUGGAGCAAGCGAUUCCGCGAAGGUCCCUGCCCCCGCUAAGAAGCAGCAGCGCACAAACAGCGCGCGACGCGGUGGUGGCAGCGGUGUUACAGCUCGCCAAGGCGCGCCAUCAGCCGCCAAUGCUGGUGCGCUGAGCGCCGCAUCGGCAGUCUCAGCUGGCGCCGGGCCUACGCUGACCUUCGUUGCGCAUCAAGGGUGCUCGGCUGUGCUGUCACCUGGCCGUAGGCCGGCCUCCUCCACCGCAGAUUCCGCUGAGGGUGUCAGCACGUCGAAGGGGGCCAUGCUGAAUCUUUUGUCCAAGUGGACAGGUGGAUCUCACCAGCAGCAGCACUAG